UACAGUUUUUGUUAUACCAUGCAGAGAAGCUGCCUUUGAUGGGAAAUUUUUUCUUCGUAGUGUGACAUUGGCACUUCAAUAUUUCCUGACGAAAAGCUCUUCCGACAUCAGAAUUAUCGAUGAAAAGUUGUUUUGCAGUUUAAGACUCAUCUACAGAGUGGAACAAGCGGAUCUACGAAUAGUAACAUGGAGAGCCGCGUUGUUCUAGCGUGCAUGAUAUGUUUUGUCCUGUCUCAGUCCGCGUGUGGGUCAGACAUAGGGCUCGGAAGGGAAAGAUCACCAGGACUGCUAGAAGACGUCCCAAGUACAAAUGUGGUAAAACCUGAAUUUAUCACUGAACCAGAAGACCAGUUUGUCCUGCCAAACUCACCGUCAGUCAAUUUGUUGUGCGAGGCCAGAUUUGUGUUAGACUUAACUUUUCAUUGUAGUGGUGAUUUACUUCAAAGAGAAAUUCAUGAAAGUCAAACCGAGAACCCAGGGAAGUUGCUGAUUGUGGAAAUAACCAUAUCUCAGGACCUCUUCAAAAACAAUGCUACUGAUGCUGUCUGCACUUGUGUGGCUACUGGUGAUAAGGGUCAAGUAAUAAAAAGUCAACCUGCAGCCAUCAAAAAAGCUUAUCUGGACAAAAAUAUAGUGAUUUCACCGUCUGUUAACACAAGAGUACCAAAGAACACUCUGGUCACUUUGAAAUGCAAGCCUCCAGCAGGAGUUCCAAGACCAACGGUCUCCUGGUGGAAAGAUGGUCGUCUCUUGGAUUCAAGCAGCAGAGGAGUUCUGUUUGGAACUGAUCCUAACUUCCUUGAGGUCAUCAUAAGGAAAGCAAAAAUCUCACAUGGAGGGCAUUACACCUGUGAGGUGUCAAACCUUGCUGGAAGCCAAAAGAGUACUGCUAUCAAGUUAACUGUUUAUGUUGAUGGUGGUUGGUCUGAGUGGCAGGAGUUUUCACCUUGUAAUGCACCCAAAUGUGGAGCUGGGAGGAAGAUGUUAAAACGGUUGUGUUCAAAUCCUCCACCUCAAAAUGGUGGAGACCUCUGUGAAGGUUCCAAUAUCAAAUACGAGCCAUGUCAAGACUUCUCUCCAGGUACAUUGUGUCAUGGUCAUUUUGGUGUAGCUAUGAAUUUUUCCUCUUUUAUAGAUAUUAGUAUAACUUGUCCUGAUCCCAUCAACAUAUUUGUCAACCAAUCAGAUGUGAGAUUGUUGAAUAUCUCUUGGAAUAAGCCUGUUAUUCACAGUGCAGGGAAUGAUACAAAGUUCUCAGUAAAAGUUAUUCCUGAUUGGGCCCAGCCACCUGCUUUGUUUGAAGCAAAAAGUUCGGUGUAUGUCAUCAAGUAUUUAACACAGGAUAAGUGCGGAUACACAGCCAGUUGUUCCUUCAACAUUACAGUGUAUAAUAAUUCUGCCUUUGCGUGUGCAACCCCGAACUGCAAGGGAAACACUUUGGCUUCAAAAGCACCACCAGUCAUUAUUUCAACAGUCUUGGACUAUUACACAGGUUCAAAGAAUAUCACAGACGAAAAAGGGCAUGUUGUAUCUCGGUGUGCAUCCUAUGCAGAGAUUCCACCACUUAAUAGAAAGUUGACUGCUGCAUCUCCAACGGGCUCUGGAGCUUUUGACUUCCAAGGAGCAAGCGAAUAUCCAGCAGCAUCAGCAUUGCUCAAGGGGCGAGGGAAGACAAUGCAGGUUGAAGCUCACGUUAACGGUGAAGAAAGGGAAGAUACUUCUCGAAACUUCAAGAGGACAUAUUCGUCUGUUAGUAACAAAUCAACAGCGUCUGAAAUCUCACGAAUGAUGUGGAACAUCUCCAACAUUCCGGAAAACGCUGAUCCAAAAAUGGUCGCUUGUGGACUUGUGGAUCACAACGGAGGGAAAUUCACAAUAGGGAAUACUGGUGUGAGCCUAACCGUACCAACAGGAGCCAUCCCAGAGGGUCGCACUGAAGGAAUUUACAUCGCUAUUGUAAACAAAGAAAAAGAACACCCGCAAAUCACUGGCAAACAGUCACUGCUGAGUCCAGUGGUUAAAUGUGGUCCCACUGGUCUCAAAUUUCAGCGACCAGUGACAUUGAGUAUACCACACUGCGCGCUUCUUGAUAGAGGAGCAUGGAAACUCAAAGUGCAGUAUAAUGAAAGUGAACCCAGCACAAUUGCAGAUUGGAAGCAGCUGAUUGAUGUCAGCACUCAGGAUGGAACUGAGGACUCCCAUGUUUUAGUUGGACCCAAUACGGUCCAUUUGAUGGUAGAUCAUUUUACCCUCUUUGCUGUGAUUGGAGAGUCAACAGCCAAUCAGAAAGCCGAGCGAGAUUUGCAGGUUUUAGCUUACGUUACACCUCCAGAAGCCAACUCCGACUGUGUUGUGAGAGUUUAUUGCGUUGAAGGCACUCCAGCAGCAAUUGAGGAUGUACACAAUCAUGAAAUAAAGAAGUAUCGAGGUGAAACGAUUGAAUCUCCUCAACAACUUCGCUUCAAGGACGGCGGGGGAGAUCUUUUAGUCGAACUUACGGAUUGUCAAACGGGCUGGCAGCCCAGACUGAAAACAAAGAAAAUUCGUUUCCGAGACAUUUGGGAAGGCAUCCACCGCUUACCGAGUGCUACGUUUGUGUUCUCCUUGCGUGACACAACUGUGUCUGGAUUUAGUGCUCAAUUUGACGUGAGACAGGAUUGUGAAAAUGGUGACGAAAGAGAAGUCAAUGUUGUGACAACGGUCAAACGAGGACAUGAGGAAAGUACGGGACCAAGGAACGAUCAAAGGCAAUCAAACACCAGCCUCGCUGCAAGGUGCGAAGAUUCGGCAAACUUUCCUACAGGGGAAAGUUUUGCGUGCCUGAUGGAUCAUUCCACGGCAUUGUUGAAUGCAGGAUCAAUCGGUAAUCCUUGGCAUUAUCGACAGUCAGAAGUCGCUGGAACAUGUGGGGGUAUCCCUUCCUCGUCUCCCAUGUCUGCAAGGCAGAUGUCGUCUGGAUACUUUUCUGUUGGUUUCGAGUCACUGCAAACUGUGGGUUUGCUGAGUCGCGAAUUGCGGAGUAAACUUGCUCUCAUACUUGACCCCCCACUAGAGUCCGACUGGAAAGUUUUGGCAGAUAAGUUUGGCCUCACUCAUGAACACAUUAAGUGGAUUGAUAGUAGGAAAAAUCAUUCUCCUACAGAAAUCCUCUUUAACUAUUUGGAGACGAUUGAUGUACCACAAUAUCGAUUUUCUCUGCCAAAAUUAUCAGAAAUACUGCAGCAGAUUGGUCGGGACGAUGCCUUUGAGAUUGUUACCGCUGAAAUGUCAAAGAAGAAAGAAACAGAAGUUUGAUUCCCAGCUUUAGUAGAAAUGCCAUGGGAAGCAACAUUUUACACUAACAGAUCUUCAGGAGAAAGGCCUUUUAAGGCGUUUAAAGGUCUUUACGUUACAACCUUUUCUCGAAGUUGAAAUUCUUGGCAAAGGAUCUUAACAGUGCAGAAGGCUAAUGUUCUCUAAUAUGAGCUGAAUUUAUGUUCAUUCCUCUAAAGAAUGAUCAUUUUCGCUUUUUUAGCACUGAACAUUGGAAAUAAGUUCCCGUUGUUCCGUAUAUUAACUAGAUACAUAAUGGGAGAUGUUGAGUAGUCAUUUGAUGGCUUAAAUGUCAUUUUAUUGUUUGCAAAACAAUUUCUCAGACCAGAAAUCGUUCUUACGCUAUUUUCUAAGAUUUAUCAGGCUUUUUGAAACGAGUGUUUGACCUUCCGGACAAGAGCGUAUGAAAAGGCUUGCUAGGAUGACUUAUGUUUUUAUUUUCUGGUACAGUGACAUGAUUAACCACCUCUCCGGUCAUCAUCAGUGCUUGGCGAGGUAAAUAUGAGAAAAGACAGGUACUUUGGAAUCUAGGUUUGUCACUAACGUACCAAAUGCUGUAGUUUUAGCUUUCGCCAGGGGGCCUAGUUUUGAUGAUUUUCAUAGCUUUGGUAACGCUACAUUUACCUUAUACCAAAGAGAUCGAUGUAUUAUUUUAGUACUAUCUAUAUUUUUUAUUUUGUUGUUUUUGGACAUUCUUUUAUUUUUUAAUUUAAAAUAUUUAUAAUCUGAUCUCUGUGAAAAAAUUGGAAAUAAACUUAGAAAUAUAAACCAUGUACCCUUACGUAAUCUUCAAGAAUUUAUUGAACACGCUAACUCGUUCGUCGCCUGAGGUACAUUUACGUUCAGUAGUGUAAAUAUUGAGAUAAGUAAUUUCAAGGGAGUCUAGGCUAUGACUGUUUUAAGGGAAGGGACGAUAACAACGAAGAAUUUUGAAACGAG